AGAACAAGUACGGCACCUUCAUCUGCGAGCCGCACCUCUCCUUCCCCAACCAAGUCUUCCCCUCCAACCCCUCAGACGCCCCUCCAGGGAGCUACAGGCAGAAUGGAGGGGAGGAGGAACCCGAGGACCCUUAUGUCGGGGAUAGGUCAAUGGACGAGCACUACGGGGGAUCGACCAUAAUGGCGUACGAUCCGCUCUUCAACUGGGACUCGGAGCGCGCUGCUGUCAUCGGCCACCGCCUGCCCAUCCGCCCCAUCACCUCGCCCUCCGUAGGCACGCGUUUCUCGGUGCGAAUUCUCGGCCUAACAGUCCAGGCGGGACUAGUGGAGCCAGUGAGCGGCACCAUGUGCCUGUACCACGCAGAGCGCCGCGAGAAGGCCUCCGAGGACUUCCACUUCCAGUUCCUCCCACCGCAGUGGGAGGGCGAGAGCACGUCCCCUGAUACCAGAGCCAUCUUCUCGGUGGACAAGGAGUCGGCGGCGCUGUGCCUGCUGGUGCAGCUCGAGAAGGCUGCGAGUGAGGAGAGCGUGAAUGGGAUCAAACCGGCCGUGUAUACUCGCAAGGACCCUCCCACCCUGACGGACAAGGAAGCGGCACGCUUAUCCGAGUGGGCACAAGUCAUGCCUUUCCGAGAGCCCCUCGCGUGGAUCACCAUCCCCCUCUUCGACUCCUCCGUCACUGGCGGCGUGGGGGGCUUUGGAUCAUCAGGAGGGGGCAGCUCAGGGGGAGGCUCGUCAGGGAGCCUGGGGGGAGGCGGGGGCGUGCUGGGGGUGGAAGGAAGCGGAGGGGCGGGGUCGAGUCCAGUGGUGGAUAGCAAUGGGGUGCGCGUGCCGGCGUAUGAGCUGGGGGGCCCGCCUGUUCAGAUUGACAUUCCCACGCUGAAUCGCGCCAAGGAGUGCUACACUGACGACCAGCUGCUGGACCCGAAGAAGAAGGCGCAGAAGCCAGUGCGUGUCUCCAUGCACUUCGAGGUGGAAAGACUACCCGGGGGGGCGGCAGGGGGGGCGGCAGCGGGCGGCAGUGUGACACCACGGUCCCUCAGCAGUAGCGCAUCCCAGAGGGGGGUGAACCGGGCGCGGUCGCAGGACUCCAUGACCUCAGACAUGGACGACGUCAACAUGGUGCCUAGAAGCCUAUCGGUUUCAAGAUUCCUCUCCGGGUUCCAGGCAAUCGACUUCACGGACAUGGUGAGGGCGGAGCCCUUCACCCGCCUGGUGCAUCUGCUCUUCGUGUAUCCGCAGCAGGUCGCGCUGCCCAAGAAGCUCAACCUCUUUGUUCGCACUGAGCUGCGUGCCGACGAUCUUGACAUCCAACGGCCCUCGAUGGAGGCUAUCUUCCCCAAGGAGCGCAAUGGCCCCAUGCUGCGAACAGCGUCAACCCAGGUGGUGCAGGGUGCACGCCCAGCACUCUUCCACGACGAGGUCAAGAUGCAGCUGCCUGCCUCUGUGUCGCCCUCGCACCAUCUGCUCUUCACCUUCUUCCACAUCGACCUCUCCCUGCGCUCCGAACGGCCCAAGCCGGUGGCAGUGGGUUACGCAGUCAUGCCUCUUGCUGCUGCUCUACAAGCGUUCAAAGCCGAGGUGAAUCUGCCCAUAUCCAAGGACCUGCAGCCGCGCUACCUGCAGGAGAGCACCAAGUCGCGCCUGACCUACUGGGAAGAGGGCCGUCCCAUAUUCCGCGUGCGCACGCGCCUCUUCUCCUCGCUGCUCCCGCUCUCCGACCGACUGCGCGACUUCUUCCACCAGUUCGACCGCCACAUGCUGGAGGCGCCUCUGCCAAGAGAGGACCUCCUGGAGGCAAUCAACGCACUCAAGACGGUGGACGUGGUGGUGCUCAUGCAGUUCCUCUACCCGCUGCUCAACAUGCUGCUCUGCAUGAUCGGGAAUGGCGUGGAGACGCUGCAGGUGGCGGCUUUCCGAGCUAUGAUCAACAUCGUCUCCAGAGUGCAGCUAGAGUUGGCACCGCAAUCAGGUGCAGCCCCCAUGGAGCGCAGUCGCUUCCUUGUGCACUUUGUCGACUUCAUAUUCGACGACCUCGGUCGCAACCAGCCGCCCGUGUACCCGGGUCUCAGCAACGUGUGGCGCAGCCUGGCGCGCAGCAAGUCGCGAGGGUUCCGAGUGGGGCCGGUGUAUGCGGAGGCUCUGCAGAUGGCGUGGUUUGUUCUGGAGCUCAUCGUUAAGUCCAUGGACCUAGAGCUGGCUCAGGUGCCGCAAGGGGACGAGAUUGCUCGGCUAAGGCUAGAGGACGAGGUGUUUCUGUGCAUCCGGCAGCUGUUUGAGUGCCUGCUGGCCGAGGUGCAUGAGAAGGCCGUCUCAGACCCGCCCCUCGCCAAGAGCCUCAGCUCCUCCAUCUCCUUCUUCUGCUACGACCUCAUCUCCGUGGUGGAUCCGCCACAAGUCUUUGAGCUGGUGAGCGCCCUUCUAUUGCUAGAAUGUGGCUGUUUGAGUCAAGCCAUCCAUUCAUCCGCCAAGAGCCUCAGCUCCUCCAUCUCCUUCUUCUGCUACGACCUCAUCUCCGUGGUGGAUCCGCCACAAGUCUUUGAGCUGGUGAGCGCCCUUCUAUUGCUAGAAUGUGGCUGUUUGAGUCAAGCCAUCCAUUCAUCCGCCAAGAGCCUCAGCUCCUCCAUCUCCUUCUUCUGCUACGACCUCAUCUCCGUGGUGGAUCCGCCACAAGUCUUUGAGCUGGUGAGCGCCCUUCUAUUGCUAGAAUGUGGCUGUUUGAGUCAAGCCAUCCAUUCAUCCGCCAAGAGCCUCAGCUCCUCCAUCUCCUUCUUCUGCUACGACCUCAUCUCCGUGGUGGAUCCGCCACAAGUCUUUGAGCUGGUGAGCGCCCUUCUAUUGCUAGAGUGUGGCUGUUUGAGUCAAGCCAUCCAUUCAUCCGCCAAGAGCCUCAGCUCCUCCAUCUCCUUCUUCUGCUACGACCUCAUCUCCGUGGUGGAUCCGCCACAAGUCUUUGAGCUGGUGAGCGCCCUUCUAUUGCUAGAGUGUGGCUGUUUGAGUCAAGCCAUCCAUUCAUCCGCCAAGAGCCUCAGCUCCUCCAUCUCCUUCUUCUGCUACGACCUCAUCUCCGUGGUGGAUCCGCCACAAGUCUUUGAGCUGGUGAGCGCCCUUCUAUUGCUAGAGUGUGGCUGUUUGAGUCAAGCCAUCCAUUCAUCCGCCAAGAGCCUCAGCUCCUCCAUCUCCUUCUUCUGCUACGACCUCAUCUCCGUGGUGGAUCCGCCACAAGUCUUUGAGCUGGUGAGCGCCCUUCUAUUGCUAGAGUGUGGCUGUUUGAGUCAAGCCAUCCAUUCAUCCGCCAAGAGCCUCAGCUCCUCCAUCUCCUUCUUCUGCUACGACCUCAUCUCCGUGGUGGAUCCGCCACAAGUCUUUGAGCUGGUGAGCGCCCUUCUAUUGCUAGAGUGUGGCUGUUUGAGUCAAGCCAUCCAUUCAUCCGCCAAGAGCCUCAGCUCCUCCAUCUCCUUCUUCUGCUACGACCUCAUCUCCGUGGUGGAUCCGCCACAAGUCUUUGAGCUGGUGAGCGCCCUUCUAUUGCUAGAGUGUGGCUGUUUGAGUCAAGCCAUCCAUUCAUCCGCCAAGAGCCUCAGCUCCUCCAUCUCCUUCUUCUGCUACGACCUCAUCUCCGUGGUGGAUCCGCCACAAGUCUUUGAGCUGGUGAGCGCCCUUCUAUUGCUAGAGUGUGGCUGUUUGAGUCAAGCCAUCCAUUCAUCCGCCAAGAGCCUCAGCUCCUCCAUCUCCUUCUUCUGCUACGACCUCAUCUCCGUGGUGGAUCCGCCACAAGUCUUUGAGCUGGUGAGCGCCCUUCUAUUGCUAGAGUGUGGCUGUUUGAGUCAAGCCAUCCAUUCAUCCGCCAAGAGCCUCAGCUCCUCCAUCUCCUUCUUCUGCUACGACCUCAUCUCCGUGGUGGAUCCGCCACAAGUCUUUGAGCUGGUGAGCGCCCUUCUAUUGCUAGAGUGUGGCUGUUUGAGUCAAGCCAUCCAUUCAUCCGCCAAGAGCCUCAGCUCCUCCAUCUCCUUCUUCUGCUACGACCUCAUCUCCGUGGUGGAUCCGCCACAAGUCUUUGAGCUGGUGAGCGCCCUUCUAUUGCUAGAGUGUGGCUGUUUGAGUCAAGCCAUCCAUUCAUCCGCCAAGAGCCUCAGCUCCUCCAUCUCCUUCUUCUGCUACGACCUCAUCUCCGUGGUGGAUCCGCCACAAGUCUUUGAGCUGGUGAGCGCCCUUCUAUUGCUAGAGUGUGGCUGUUUGAGUCAAGCCAUCCAUUCAUCCGCCAAGAGCCUCAGCUCCUCCAUCUCCUUCUUCUGCUACGACCUCAUCUCCGUGGUGGAUCCGCCACAAGUCUUUGAGCUGGUGAGCGCCCUUCUAUUGCUAGAGUGUGGCUGUUUGAGUCAAGCCAUCCAUUCAUCCGCCAAGAGCCUCAGCUCCUCCAUCUCCUUCUUCUGCUACGACCUCAUCUCCGUGGUGGAUCCGCCACAAGUCUUUGAGCUGGUGAGCGCCCUUCUAUUGCUAGAGUGUGGCUGUUUGAGUCAAGCCAUCCAUUCAUCCGCCAAGAGCCUCAGCUCCUCCAUCUCCUUCUUCUGCUACGACCUCAUCUCCGUGGUGGAUCCGCCACAAGUCUUUGAGCUGGUGAGCGCCCUUCUAUUGCUAGAGUGUGGCUGUUUGAGUCAAGCCAUCCAUUCAUCCGCCAAGAGCCUCAGCUCCUCCAUCUCUUUCUUCUGCUACGACCUCAUCUCCGUUGUCGACCCGCCGCAAGUCUUCGAACUGGCCGGUCUGUUCCUCUCCCAGUUCAUGAAAGUGUCCCCCCAUGCAGCACAUGUUCAAGCUUCGCUUUCCUCCCUCCCUCUUGCCCCUCUUUCCUCCUUGCCCUCACAACAGGUCGGCCUCUUUCUCUCGCAGUUCGUGGGCGUGUGCCCCCCCAUGCAGCACAUGUUCAAGCUGCACUUCCUCCGCAUUGUCUGUGACCACGACCUCUACAUCGAGACACCCGGCCGAGGACCCACAGAGAAGAACUACCUGACCACAGUGCUGCUCAAGGACCUCUUUGUGAGCCUCGACCACGAGGACCCCAGUCAGCGAUCGCUGGCUGCGCGCAUGCUGGCAUUCCAGGUGGCGAAGCACGAGUACGAUGCGCGGUACCAGCAACCCGAGCUGAAGCUGUACAUCGCGCAGCUCUACAUGCCCAUCGUCAACAUGAUCCUGGACGAGGUCGAAACCUUCAACACACUGGGAGUGAUUCAAAGGAGGCAGAUCCUCGUGGUGAUGCUCACAGUGGUGCGGAAUCUGGACAAUGAGACGCUUCUCAAGGCGUGGAAGCAGAGCGACGUACGCACGCGCCUCUUCUUCACGCUCCUGCAGCAGGCCCUCGUGCUCUUCCAGCACCCCCCGCAGCUGACAGCUGGCAGCAAACCCCGCCCCACAGGCACCAAAUCCAGCCCCGCCACGUCAGCACCCACUGACGCCACGCUGGCAGUGGAGCCUUCACCAAUCCCGAUGUACUCGGAUCGAGUCUCAUUGGCAACUAAUGAUCAGCUGGAUGAGAUGGCCCGGGCAGAUCCCAAGGCCAUGCUCGAAAGGGAGCAGAUAAUCCGAAAGGUUACGGGCGGCGCCGUGUCGGGCGGCAAGGGGUCGACGGUGUCGUUAAGGGAUGUGCUCUCGCGGUCGAGAAUUCCGCCGAAAGAUGCCAUGGCGCUGAUGAGACAAAACCUGCCGUCCAGCGCUUCUGCGAAGCUGCUAACAUGGGAGGCCAGCGUAGCAGCAUGGUGUGCGGUGCAGGUGUUGGAGGUGGUGGAGAAGUUCAGCGACAUGGCUGCUGAUGGGCUUGUGGCGACUGACUAUCAAACCAUGGACUGCCUCACCGGGCCUCUCUCCGUCAUGCUCGCCCUGCCACAGCCCAUGAGCUUCUGGGAGCCCUUUGUGCCCGCCUUUGCCGAGAUGCUGCGCCUGCACGGCAAGGCCAUGCUCGACGGCCCACCCUCUUCUGCCACGGCAGACAUUGCCGACAGUGGUGCGGGCGGCGCAGCAGCAGCUAAGGGGGGAGACGUGCUGCUGAAGGACCUGUUUGGCAGCCUGCUGCGCCAGAUGGCUGUCCGCCCUGAGUUCAUCCGCAAGAGGGCUCUGCUCUGCCUGCUGCUGCUGCUGCGCGUGCGUACCCCUGGGCCAGUUUUCCUUAUGCUUCCAGACAGGGUUCCGUUGAGUUCUUUUUUGAAUGCUCAUGUGCUUUUGAAGAAUGUGCGAGCAGUUUUCCAAGUGGAAGAGUCAUCCUCACAGUCGCCCUCUCGGAACUCCUCUCCCACACUUGCCUGCUGCACUCGCCCUCGCCCUCCCCAACCAGCAGCCCCGUUUGCUCAACCUUCCCCAAUCUCCCCCAUUCGUUUUCCCUCAGAACGCCCUGCUGCACAUGAGGGACGUGGAGCGUCUCAGAGUCAUCCUCACAGUCGCCUUUUCGGAAGUCCUCUCCUGCAUACGCCUCCUGCACUCGCCCUCGCCCAUACCCCCCAUACACCCCCCUUUGCCCAACCUUCCCCGUUCCUGUUUCUCCAGAACGCCCUGCUGCACAUGAGGGAUGUGGAGCGCCUCAGAGUCAUCCUCACAGUCGCCCUCUCAGAAGUCCUCUCCCGCAUGCGCCUGCUGCACUCGCCCUCGCCCUCCAACGCCCCCGCCUCUCGCUCCUCCAGUGCUUCUAGUGUUGCCUCUGCUGCUGGUGGUGCCGGUGGGGGCGCUGGGGAACUGGUAGAAUCCGCAGAGGUUGAGAAGCUGAGGCUUUCUUUGGAAGAGUUGGGGACGGAGGAUAAGUGGUUUCAGCUGCUGGAUGAGUGUGGGUUACCGUCGAUCUGUCUUGAGAUUGUGGUGGAGGAGGAUGAAGAGAAGGAGGAGGAGGAGGAUGAGGAGGACGAGGAGGAGGAGUAUGAGGAGUGGGAUGAAGGGGGGACGUCUCAACACGAGCAGCUGAUGGAAGGGCUGAAAACAUCCAAUGAUAAAUACGCCAUAGUGGAGAGUUACUACAUCCUGGCGCAGGCAUACGGGCACGUGCCCGAUCUGUACAUCAUGUGGAUGCUGCACCUCUGUGACGCGCAUCAGGAGAUGAACCAGUGGGCCGAGGCUGCACAGUGCGCUGUCUCUGUCGCUGGGAUUGUCAUCCGGGGUCUGCAAAUUGCAUCACAGGAACCCGUGUGGGAUGAGGAACAUCUGGAGGUGCUGUGGAGCAUAUGCCCUUUGGCCCGCCACCAGUGGCGCGCGCGGGCCUUCUCCUCGCAGUCGGGGUUUGGGGCGGCGCGCGUGACGGUGGAGGGGGCGGUGCAGCACGUGCAGAGGGCGAGCAACCUGUUUUACAAGGCGGAGCUUUUCCACUUCUGCGCGCUCAUGCUCUCGCUGCUGCUGCCGCUGCACCGCACCCGCCAUGACUACAAGCAGCUGACCAAGACGCACAACAAGAUCGCGUCCAUCUAUGAGAACGUCGAGCAGCAGGAGACCAGCCCCAUCCCCUUCAAGGACGCUUGUUACUAUCGAGUCGGCUUCUAUGGGGAACGCUUCCGAUACAUCGAUGGCAGGGAGUUCAUAUACCGCGAGCCACGAGACGUGCGGCUGGGAGACAUAAUGGAGAAGCUCAAAGCACUCUACGAUGCACGCUCACUUGACGAGGAGCCUCUGCAAAUCAUCCAGGACUCCCGCCAGGUGGACCCUGCCGCCCUCAAGCCGAACCUCGUCUACAUGCAGAUCACGGCCGUCGAACCUGUGGUAGGUGCGGGGGAGGAUCGGUGGCUUGGCAGACCUCUCGAGCCACCCAUUGCUGGCACUCCGACGUUCAGUUGUUUCUUUUUUGACACGCCGUUUACGCCGAAUGGGAAGCAGCAGGGUCGGAUGGAGGAUCAGUGGAAGAGACGAACGCUGCUGUACACGCAGAGCACGCUCCCGAGCCUGAUUAGCCGGCAGCCGGUGGUUCGGUCGGAGGUUCGGGAGUACUCUCCGAUCCAGUGCGCUGUGGAGAUUAUCGAAUCUCGGUCGUUUGCACUAGAGGCCGAAAUGGCCAGCCAGUUGGGAGAUUGUGGGGCGGCAGGGGCGGCAGGAGGGCCAGCUGGAAAGAAGGACCCGGCGGCGGUUGUAGCGGCAGCAAUGGCAGCAGGUUCGGGCCCGCUACAGCUGCCGCGGUUACAAACGCUGCAGCGGUUACUGCAGGGGAGUGUGGCACUGCAGGUUAACAGUGGUGUGUUGGGAGUGUGUAUGGCGUUUUACCAGGCGAAUCCCCAGGGGGCAAACCCGAGGGCCAAGGAUCCUGAGAAAUUACAGCCGUCGGAAUUGGAGAUGUUGACGGCUGCGAUCGUGCGGUUCGUGGUGGUGUGUAAGCGGGCGGUGGUGGUGCAUGGGAGGGCGGUGACUGAAGAGGAUAGGGAUUUCCAGGAGCAGCUGGAGCAGAGUUUAGAAGACCUGGAAAAGGAGAUUUCAGCUUUCAUUCCAGGCUUGAGGAAACGAGCGUCGGCUUACUGA